AUGAGCGAUGCCCGUCGCGACGACGACGAAGACGACGACGAUGACGACGCGCGCGCCGCGCGCGUCCACGCGGGCAUCGCGCGAGGGAACACGAUGCGACGCGCGCUGACGCUUCGCCGUCCCGGCGCGGACGCGGCGAGCGUCGACGAGGACGAAACCGACGACGACGACGACGACGACGACGCGAACGCGCGCGCGUCCGGAAUGCCGCCGUCGCGGCAGAUAUCCAGCGCCACGGGCAUCGCGUCGCAGGCAUCGCGGCACGGAAUGAGCACCGCGCCGUUCAUGCGCGACAGCUUCAGCACCGCGGUCGCGAGCUCGAGCCGUCGCGCGGACGACGACGACGACGACGACGACGACGACGACGACGACGAAACGCGGCGACGCGAUUCUUCGAGUCGUCGCGUCGCGGACGACGCGGAAUGGCGCGCGCCGUCGCUCGCGCCCGGAAGGCACCUCUCGCGAUACAGCGGCAUCUCCGAGGUGGACGACUACGACGAGAUCGCGUCCGACGACAGCGGGUACUCCGGCCUGUCCGGCGUGUCCGGGAUGGGGCCCUACCGACGGUCGUUCGCGUUCGCCAACGUCGACGCGCUCUUCGAGCCGGCGCCCGGGAGCCCGCACGAUCCGACUGCUGACAGCGCGGCGUGGGCGAGGGCGAGGGUGGAGCGGUACGAGCGCGAGAGGCGGUGGCGCGGGGACGUUGACGCGAUGGCGCGGAAGGAGCGGGAGGAGGAGGAGACGGCGGCGGCUACCGCGGCGGCGGCGACCGUGGCGGCCACCGCGGGAACGCGGCCGGCGACGUUCAGUCGAUCCCUCGCGCUCGGCCUCGGCGCGCUGAAGCUCGAGAACUCCGGCGUCGACGCCAUCGACGCGCUGUUGUUCGCGCGCGCGCCCGCCGCCGCGCCGCCGCCGAGCGACGUCGACGUCGACCGGACGCCGCCGACCGCGUCCGCGUCGGACGCCGCGGCGGGGUCGUGGUCGAGAGCCGCGAGCGCCGUCUCCGGGGCGACGCGCUGGACGCGCCGCUCGCGGAAGAACGACCCGGACCGCGCGAAGCGGCGCGCGUACGCCAAGCUGACCGACGUCGCGGCCGCCGCGGCGACGCGCGAUCCGGACGCGAUCGACGCGAUGUUUAGCCGCGGCGGCGACGUCGAUUUCGUAGACGACGACGGCCGCGCCGGCUUACACGUCGCCGCGGAGAGCGGCUGCGCGCCCGUCCUGGAACGGCUCCUCGCGCUGAACGCGUCGCCCGACGUCAGGGGCGCGCUGGGACUCACCCCCGCGCACGUCGUGGCGUACUGCGGGCACGCGGAUAUACUGCGGACGCUCCUCGACGCGGGCGCGGAUGUCAACGCGGCGGACGACGACGGCUCGACGCCGACGCACUGGGCCGCGUCCGCGGGGCGCGCACGAUGCGUGAAACUCCUCUGCGACGCGCCCGACGUGGACGUCUUCGCGCGCAACAAGAGAGGCCUCGCGCCAGAGGACGUGACCGAGUCCGAGGACGUGAGACGCGCGAUAUCCGCGGCGAAGGAGGCGAUGAAUCUCUUCGACCUCGCGUCGGCGGGCAAGCUUCCGAUCGCGCGCCGCGCGCUCGCCGGAAAAACGGGCGACGAGCUCGCCGCGGUCGUGGACGCCGUCGACGCGCGCGGGGAGCGCGCGCUACACAAGGCGGCGCGAGGCGGGCACGCCGCGUUCGUGGAAGCGCUCGUGCGCGAGUACGGCGCGACGCAGGACGUCGCGGCGCUCGACGGAGGCACGCCAUUGCACGCCGCCGCGGAGGCUGGGCGAGCGAACGUCGUCCGCGCGUUCAGAGCCCUCGCGGGGUGGCCGGCGAAGCUGCGAUCGCGCGCCAACGCGAAGGACGCGCGCGGUCGAACGCCGACGCACCUCGCCGCCGCGCGCGAUCGCGUCGAGAUCGUCGAGCUGCUGAUCGACGACGCGCGCGCCGACGUCGACGCCGUCGACGCGGACGCCGCGACGCCGCUGCACCACGCCGCGAGCGCGGGGCAUCACGCCGUCGUCGAGGCGCUCAUCGCCAGAGGCGCGCGCGUUGACGCGGUGGACGGGCACGGGUGCGGAGCGCUGCAUCUCGCCGCGGAGUGCGACCGUCAGAAGGUCGUGCGAAGGUUGCUCAAGCACGGCGGCGCGGACAUCGCGUCGAGGAACGCGCGAGGGGACAUGGCCGUGCACUUGGCCGCCGCGAGGGGGCAUCACGACAUGGUGUUCGGGCUGCUCCCGCGAGAAGAAGAAGAAGAAGACGACACGUCCGCGUCCGCGUCGCGCGUCGGCGCCGGGUCUCGAGUCGGGUCUUCUCGAGGCGGCGCCUCCGAAGUCGGCGCCGACUUCGCGUCCGAAGUCGGCUUCUCCGAGUCUUCUCAAAUCUCCGAAGCCGAGGCGACGCGCCGCGCGCUCGACGCCGCGCGCGUCGAACGCCGCAAAGCGCGCCAGCUCGACCGCGACAAGCGCCGCGCGCGACGCGCGCGCGACCCCGGGACGCACUCGAACCUGACCGGCGUCAACGCCCCCGGGCACCGCGGGUGGACGGUCCUCCACUACGCGUCGCACGGGUGCCACCUGGACAUCGUCGAGCGGAUUCUGCGGAAUAAAAACGCGGAGCCGUCGCCCGUGGACAUCACCGGCGCGACGCCGCUGCACCUCGCCGCGGAGAGCGGAUCCACCGCGAUCGUGGAGGCGCUCCUCGCCGCGCCCGGCGUGGACGCGAGCCUCAAGACCGACGCCGGGUUCACGCCGUUGCACCUCGCGGCCAUCUCCGGUCAGGCCGCCGCGUGCCGGUCGUUGAUUCGAUUCUCGCGCGAGCGCACCGCGGAGCUGAUACGCGACGCGGAGGCCGCCGCGGAGCGCGCCGCGGUCUCGGGCGCGAUGGCGAAGCUGCGGAAGAACGACGCGAAGGCGGUCCGCGACGCCGCGGAGGCGGCCGCGGAGGCGAUCGUCGCCAGGGAGUUCGCGGAGGACGACGCCGGAGAGGCGCUCGACGUCGACCAACCCGCGGCGAGCGGAUACACCGCGUUACACCUCGCGUCCAUGCGCGGCCAGGACCGCGUCGUGGAGCUGCUCCUCGGCGAAGGCGCGAAGAUACUCGCGGGCGACGACGACCGCACGCCCGUGCACCUCGCCGCGGAAUGCGGCUCCGCGGCGUGCCUGACGCGUCUCCUCGCGUCGGUCCGCGACCCAGCGGCGAUCGUCGACGUUCGCGCGGUCGGAGGCGUCACCCCCGCGCUGCUCGCCGCGAACCGCGGGCGCGAGGAUGCGAUUUUCGCGCUGCUUUGCGCGGGCGCGGACCCUUUCAUCCCGGACGCAGAAGGGAACACGUGCCUACACGGCGCGUGCGCGGCGGGGAAGCCGCUGAUGUUCCUCGAGGUGUUACGCCGCGCCGCGGCGGAGCGAAGACCGAUCGCCACGCUCGACAAGCCCAACGUCAGGCGCGAGCGUCCGCUGCACUUCGCGUGCCGCGGCGGAUCUCUCGCGAUGGCGCGUGCGCUUCUCGACCGCGGCGCGGACGCGACCGCCGAAGACGACCGCGGGCGAAACGCGCUGAUGGCCGCCGCGGAGACGGGCGCGGUCGGCGUCGCGUCGUUACUGGUGGAGCACGCGCGUCAACGCGGCGACGAGAAGCCCCUCGGACUCGAAACCACGGCGGCGAGCGUGCGGUGGACGGCGCUUCGGAGGAGUUUGAGCGACGUCGUCGCCGCGACGCGAGCAGUGCCGCCGAUCGACGUGGCGGCGCCGAACGGCGCGAGCGCGAUGGCGUUCGCGGCGUUCGCGGAGAGGCGACUGAUCGCUUCGCUGUCGCACGGCGAGGGCGACGAGAAGUCCUUCGCCAACGCGCGCCCGAAAUCCUUGUGGGACGUGAUCAACAUGGCGCAGGAGCAAUAUAAACGCCGUCAACGCGACCGUCACGUGAACCAUCUCUCCGAGGUGGACGGAUACUCCGCGAUGCACGUCGCGUGCGACCGCGGCCACGCGGAGCUCGCGCGUCUGUUGCUCAACUCGGGCGCGGACGUCGACGUCAAGGACGGCGUCGACGGCGACACGCCUCUGCAUCUCGCGACGCGCGAGGGGCACAUGGAGAUCGUGAAGCUGCUGGUAUCGCGCGGCGCGUCGCAGACGAAGAAGAACGCGCUGUGGUACACGCCGUUGCACCUCGCGGCGAGGAACGGCGACGUGGAGGCGCUCAGAGUCCUCGCGGACGCCGCGCGGGCCGCCGGGGACGACGUCCUCUCCGAGGUGGUCAAUAAACCGAGAAAGGACGGCACGUCGCCGCUGCACAGCGCGGUCGAGCUCGGGCACCACGGCCGCUGCGCGCGAGAGCUUCUGCUUCGAGGCGCGGACUGGAACGCGCGGACGAUCCGAGAGGAGUCCGUGCUGCACAAGGCGAGCAUGGACGGAAACGCGGUCAUCGUGCGGUUGAUUCUUGGCGCGCGCGAAGAAGCCAUCCAUCGACUCAAACACUCGAUCAAGUGUCCCGAUGCGUCCGAUGAAGACGACGACGACGACCCUCCCGAGCUCGAAGACGACCCGCUUCACGCGAGGGACUCCACCGAGAGCACGCCGCUGCACUGGGCGUGCGAGGGCGGGCACCUGGAGACGGUCAAACUUCUCGUCGAAGCCGGCGCCAGCGCGAACAUCGGAGGGAUGUGGCGCGGCUCCACCGCCGUGCACCUCGCGUCGCGUAACGGCCACGUCGACGUCGUUAAAUAUUUACACAGCAUCGGCGCGAACAUGAACGCGCAGGACAGCUGGAACUACGCGACGCCGCUCAUUCUCGCCGCGGAGGGUGGCCACGCGGAGACGUGCGCGUUCUUAUUGGACCGCCGCGUCGACGCCAAGGUGAAGGAUAAGUUUGGCACCACCGCGGCGCAAAACGCGCGAACCGCGGAGGUGCGGCACAUCGUCCACGCCGCGGAGACGCUGCGCUCCGUGGUGUUGUUUCUGCACGGCGCGACGACGCACGACGCGUUCCUCGGGUGGAGAGACGCGGUGCAGCGCGCGAAGGUGAUGCAGACGCGCGACGCGAAGGGUACAUGGCAAAUGGUGUUCGCGCUCUGGGGCAAAAAUAAAACCGCGACGUAUUAUUGGCUCUGGCGGCAAUGGGAGAUGCGCGGGCGACGCCGACGACGGACGUUGGACGACGAGGAGGCGUCGAUUCGCAUCGCGAUCGACGCGAUGACCGAUAACCCCGGAUUCGCGGGCGUUUCCGUCGCGUGCGUCGACAAGCUCGCGCGGUCGUUCGAGGAGGUUUCGUGUCGGAGAAACGAAACCGUGUUCGCCGAGGGCGACCCCGCGACGUCGUUUUACGUCCUCAAAGAGGGCAAAGCGAAGGUCACGAUGACGACCGAGGACGACGACGGGCGGACGCACGAGACGCGAGUCGCGAGGCUCAAGACCGGCUCCGCGGUCGGCGAGGUGGCGCUUCGAUUCGACGCGCCGCGCGUCGCUUCGUUGAAAGCGGUCACCGACUGCGUCUUCUUACGCCUCGACCGCGACGCGUUCGCGGCCGCGAUGGCGACCGAGCGCGCGGCGAACGUCCGGCUCGCCGCGAUGGGCGGCGGCGAGGACCGUCCGCGGACGAUGCUCGACCCGAACGACCCGGUUCUCGUGGCGUUCUCGAACGAGAAGCUCGCGCGGCCGCUGGAGUUUUGGGAACGCGACCUGCUCGCGACGCUCUUCUCCGUGGAGACGUACGACCCGGGAAGAAAGCUCCCGGCGACGAGCGCGGAGAGUCAGAUCGACGACGGGUACGUCGGCCUCGUCCUCCGAGGAAGCGUAUCCGCGGUGACGACGCGCCGGACGACCAUCACGCGAGGGACGCGGAGCCUGGAGGUGGAAAAGGAUGGCGACGUCGUCGAGGUGCGCGCGGGCGACGCGUACUUCUCGAUGGCCGCGAUCGACCGCGAGGAAGAGGCGUACGUGGUCACGAAGACCGGCGCGAGGUCGCGGACGAUCACGCGCGUCGGCGUGAAUAAGGCGUGGGUCCCCGCGGGAGGAUCGCCCGCGGUCGUCGCGAUCAUGCAGGGCGAGGACGUCAAGGCGAUCCCCGAGGAGUUGCAAGGGGUGCUGUUCCGGAAGAGAGGGUUGCGCGCGCCGCCGGAGUGGAGGCCGCCGCCGCGUCGGUCGCCGCCGGCGUUCUCCUCCGGGUCCGCGCCCGCGGACGCGAACGACCCCGCGCACGUCGAGCUCGCGGCGCUGAGCAACGCGACGCGGAAGGCGCUCGUGGAGGCGGCGAAGGCGAGAGCGGCGAAGGAAGCGAAGGCAGCCGCGAGGGAAGCGAGGGGGGCGGACGGCGACGACGACGGGAGCGACGACGACGGGAGCGACGACGAUGGGAGCGACGACGACGACGACGACGAGUCCCCGAUCGACGCGCACGGGUUAAAGACCGAACUCGUGACGGAGCUCACGGAGGCGUUCAAGUUCGUGGACACGGACAACGGCGGGGACAUCGACGAGAAGGAGCUCAAAUUCGCCGCGCGCGCGUUGGGAUUCGAACCUCGACCGGAAGAACUGAAGGCGACCCUCGACGCGAUGGACGAGGACGGCGGCGGGACCGUCGACCUGGGCGAGUUCAUCUCCACGGUCACCGAACGCAUCGCGGAUGCGACGACCGAGGACGCGCUCGACGUCGCGUUCGAGUGCUUCGACGUCGACGACAAAGGGUGCAUCGUGCUCGAGGACAUAUCGAACGCGGCGAAAAUCGUCGGCGACAACGUCACGAGCGAAGAGCUCGAUGAGCUCAUGAAUUUGGGCGCCGCAGACGUCAACGACGACGGCGAGAUCGACAGAGAGGAGUUCGCGACCAUCAUGGACUUCCGUGAGUUGACGUUGGAGGACCGCCUCGACGCGGCGCGACGCGAAAUGCGACGCGAGGCGAUCGCCGCGGAGAACGCGAAGCACGCGCGCGACAUGUUGAAGGAGUACGCGCACGGCGCCGGGGGUGGGUUCCCCGGGUGUCUGAGAGAUAAGACCCGCGCGAUCUUCGCGGAGUUGCUCGGGCCCGGCGCGAACGUCGACGAGGAUGAGAUCGACGUGCGGCACCUCGUCGCGGCGUUGAAGCGCGACGCGCCUCCCGAGGGCGACGGCGCGUUGGCCGCGAUGUUGCACCUCCCGAAGCGCAUUCGCGCGGGGGACGGCAGCCGGGACAAGUUUGAGAUCGUGUUCAAAGAGAUCGACGCGGACAGGAGCGGGACGAUCGACGUGGACGAGUUCGUGACGUACUUUAGGAAGCUCGCGAAAGAGCGGGUGCGGGACAUCCUAGAAGCCGCCAUCGCGGCCGCGGUGAAGGACGACGACGACGACGACGACGACGAAGAAGAAGAAGAGGAGGAGGAAAAUAUCGACGACGACGACGACGGCGGCAAGGAGAACGCCGCGGCCGGGAAGAAGAGCCGCUGGGCGAUGCUCAGACGCGGCGGCCUGCGGAACCUGUCCUCCCUCGUCGGUGCGUCAGGACCGAACCACGUCGCGGCGGCGGAGCUUCCCCCGCCGCCGCGAGGGUCGAAGUGGGACGUCCUCCGCCGCGCGAAGCUCGAGACGCAAACGCGCGGCGGUUGA